AUGUGCGAUGAUGUUGUUGUUUCAUUUGAAUCAUCAAAUGGUUCAAGCGUAUCUUUCGGCAUAUUUUUAUUUGGCGUAAUAUUAUCAUCCACGAAAAUUAUUAUUGGAUAUAAAUCAAAUCCCGAUGAUCCACUUGCUAAUGAUGUUGCACAACAUUGGAAAGAAAAUGAAAAGGCAGCAAUUGCAACAGCUCGAGAAUGGACUAGAAAUCAUGCUCAAGGCUAA